UAUCUGCUGUGAGUGCAAUGUGCAUGUUAAAAGCUAGCUACGAAUUGCUUUGCUUUUAAAACAAAACUCUAUAGAAAACAACCCCAGAAGCAGCAAAGGCAGAGAGGCAAAGCCACUUGACAACAAUAAAUAGUUGCAACAACAGCCACGCACUCGAUCGAGUACUAAGUAAGAACUAUGAUGGAGGAAUCAGAUUCAAUAACAUCUGAGCUUCAAGAAUUGCCAGGUUUUCGGUUUCACCCCACCGAGGAAGAACUUCUCAGCUUCUACCUCAAAAACAUGAUUUUCGGUAAAAAACUGCGCCCUGAUAUCAUCGGUUUCCUCAACAUCUACCAUCAUGAUCCUUGGGAUUUGCCCGGGCUGGCAAAGAUAGGGGAGAGAGAGUGGUAUUUUUUUGUGCCAAGAGACAAGAAGCAUGGGAGUGGAGGGAGGCCAAACAGGACUACUGAAACAGGAUUUUGGAAGGCAACAGGGUCGGAUAGGAAGAUAGUGAGCUUAUCGGAGCCGAAGAGGAUGUUAGGGUUAAGAAAGACAUUGGUGUUCUACAAGGGAAGAGCACCCCGUGGCUCCAAAACUGAUUGGGUCAUGAACGAGUAUCGUCUUCCUGAUUCCUUCCUCUCCCCCUCACUCUAUCCUAAGGACAUAGUGUUGUGUAAGAUAUACAGGAAGGCAACUUCCUUGAAGGUGUUGGAACAGAGGGCAGCAAUGGAAGAAGAAAUGAAGACAACCCUUCCACUUCUUUUACCUUCUCCUCCAAUGACACCACCAUUAAUGGACACCACAAUAUCCAUUUACAGUCAAAACGAAAGCUUGGUGAUGGCACCAAUGGUUGCACAACAUGUGGCAUUCAAGAAAGAACAUGAUCAUGAAAAUAAUGAGCUAUUAACAAUGGUAGAAGAGGAAAAGUAUGAAGAAGAAGCAAAGCAGGAGAGGAAAGGGAAGUUGCCAGAGCUCCAAGUGCCAAGGUUCAGCAUGGACUGGACCCAAGACCCAUUUUGGACACAGCCAAGAAGCCCAUGGCUAGACAAUUGGACCCCUUAUGCUAAUGUACCCAACUUCUAAUUAUAAGUUUCCCUGUUUUCUAGGCUAUGCUUAAAGUGAGUGAAUCAAAAUAGAAGUACAAUAGCCAAAGAUAAAUCAAUUAUAGAAUCUGAUCACUGAAUCGAACAUAACCCUUCCACAUGAGAUGAGACUCACGUGAGAGAAUUGUGUUUGAUUCUGCGAUUGGAUUAUGUACACUUAUAAUUUUUAGUAAAUAAAUUCCUCCACAAUUCUAAUUAGGGCUGUUUUGCCAUCUUGGUUGCCUUCGUUGUAGUGAUGAAUCAAAAGUUUUGAGGA